AUGCAGGGAGGAGGGAGAGCACGAGGUCUGGCUGGAGCAGCGGCGGUGUUGCUUGCGCUGCUGCUCGUGACAGCAUCGGUGCAUUCUGACGCCGCGGCCGCACCAGCGCGGCGCCUCCUCGGAGCCGACGGCGCCGCUGGGCCGGCACCACCAACGCUGCCGGUGUCCGUCAGCAAGGCUGGCAGCAUUGAUAUGAUGACGAACAUUAGCAGUGGAGAAUAA